GGUGCGCAAUGAGGGUCGGUUCAAGUCUCCAGCGCCAGGCUGGAAGGGGCGCGCCGUCCAGCAAGAGGGAAGCGGCCCAUUGCGCCUUUCGCUCGCGGCAGGAUGGCGGUGCCCGGCUGGGAGCGCGCGGCUCGGCUCCUGCUCUGCGCGGCGGGGCUGGCGCUGUCUGCUUACGCUUUCCACGUGGAGACCUCGAAGGAGCGGGACGCCGCCUACCGGGCCAUGUGCGACAUCAGCGCAGCCGUCAGCUGCUCCCGCGUUUUCACUUCCAGGUGGGGUCGUGGUUUUGGCUUGGUGGCCACAUUUCUGGGACCUCGUAGCGUGUUCAACCAGCCUAAUAGCGUCUUUGGGAUUGCUUUCUACACCCUGCAAAUCCUUCUGGGCUUCUCCAACAGCGGCCUGGCGGCCAUUGCUCUGCUGGGCUCUUCGGUCGUCUCCAUAGUUGGCUCGCUGUACCUGGCCUACAUCCUGUUCUUUGUGCUCCAUGACUUCUGCGUGGUCUGCAUCAGCACCUACCUCCUCAACUUUGCCCUCCUCUUGCUCAACUACAAGCGCCUCGGCUACCUCAACCAGGCCUGGAAGCGCCCCGUGGCCAAAGCCAAGAGGCAGUGAAUGAAGGCGGCACCUCAGGCUGGGAAGUCCUGCGAGGGUGGAGGUUUCCCAGGGGUCUCACCUACCUCUGGUGUUUCCUUAAGCGCUGGGUUGGAUCUGGGCCGAAUUCAUUGCGCUUAGGUCCCAUUGAAAUUCAAGGCAAAAAGUUUAUCAUUAGUCUUAUCUCCAGUGGGAACUAAAUGCAGGUAGCCUGCAACCCAUUAAUCUGUUUCUAUAUCACCUGAAUGCUCUUCCAGCUUGGAAAACGUCUUCCCAGAAAUCGAUGAGAUCAGCAUUCCACUUGUCUGACCCUUCGGACUCCAUUCAGAUUAGCUUAUGAACCUCCAUUUUGGAACUUAAAUGGAUGCAGUUUUUGGUUGGGCUGACCUACAAAUACGUAAAUCAAACCCUUUGUUCCUUUCCUUAUUUCUUUUUAAUACAAAACUUAUUUUUAUAGCUCUUUUUAGAAAAAAAUUGUAUACAGAGCAAUUUGUAAAAUACAGCUAUUUGUGAUCACGUUGAAAAGCGUUGAAUUGAGAGCUGUUACAUCUCUUCUCAGUUGUAAUAGAGUGCUUUUUUUCUGGGGAUACUCAAGGUAUGCAGUACGGGCACUUCUCUCCCCCCAUAUUUAAAAAGUGUGGCACUUACUGCAACAACUUCAUGUUGAGUACCAGCACCAUUUUUCCUUUUUGAAAAAGAGCACUGAAAGAUACAAAAUUGGGCAGAACCAGCUUGUGACUGGGCUUGGCUUAGUUACUGAAGCACAAACGAAAGCUCAUCCUUUCUCACCAUCAUUAAUAACAGCUACCUUUUACAUAACAGGAGGGCCCUUCUGUUAGGAAGGCUGAGGCAGGCCACAGAUUGUGAGGUACCAUUAAAAAGGUAGCAAACUGUAAAUUAUUUUCAUUAGGCUUGAAACCGCAAGGCCAAGGAUGGCCGCUCGAGUUGUUUUUUGACUCUAGUCCCGUUCCCCACCCCCCGGGCAUGCUGGCUGGGGCUGAUUGGAUUUCAAGCCCAGCAACAUCUGAUGAGCACCACUACAUGUUUACCAUUAUAUUUGUACCACUACAGUGCGGUGGGAAAUUUGGGUUUGCAGCCUUAGAUACCAAAAAAAAAACUGGGUCUGGCAAAAGAUGGGCAAGCAGCCACUUUUCAAUUUGUUUUCUACAGGCUUCCAGCACAGCUGUCAAUACCCAUUUUCAAAGAAAGUGAAGCAGAGUAGACCUUAAAACAUCUUUGUGCAUUAGAAUUAUCUGUGUAGUGGGGGCGACAGAACCAUGCAGCUGACUUAAGCACCCUGGGUCCCUCCAGAAGCCUGAGUCUGCAACUCUCUUCAGUCUCAGCCAGCAGCUGGUCGGGGCUGAUGGAAGUUGUGGUCCAGAACAUCUGGCAAACACCAGGUUGGCGAUGGCUGGCAUAGACUAUAAAGUCGAAAGUGAAUGACUUACCGGUAAUUUUUUCCCAAUUUGAAAUGGUGGUUAUAUUUCUCUGUACGUACUCCCAGCCAACUGCAGGGGUCACUGUGUAGCCACCGUUAACAGCCUGAAAAUAAGCAAGAAAUAGUUUUUUUGUAUGAAGCACAACAGAGCCAUCCAAGAAAGAAAACAGCUUGCCACCUAAUGCAAGAAAUCAUGGUCGAUAAUGAGAGUCUUGAUUGAUUCAAUCCACAUAAAGUUACAUAUGAACAAAAACAAA